AUGAAAGGUGAAGUAUUGAACAACAUUCGCGUGAGUUCCGAGCAGUUUAGAGAUGAUAGAGAUAAGAAGAAUCUCCUAGACAAUGAACUCGGGGAGCAUUUAAAUGAAAUCAUCGAUCAAACACAUGCUGCUUUAACCCUGGGCCCAAAUGAUGAGAUUGACAUAGACGAUACCCAAAUCUUAGUUGAUGACGAACCAUCUCUGCCCUUACAAUCUACACCAGAUGCUCGCCCAUCCAGGUCGAUACUCAAUUUGAAGACAUUGGUGGACCUGAGCCUCAAUUUGAAGACAUUGAGAGUCUCAAUCCCAACCCCAACCCCAACCGCGUCAACAACAUGGUUCAAUACUCACGUAUCUUCGGAGGGAAGACAGGAACCGCCAGAUUUCCGUUAUUCUAUUUCUGACAAAGAUCCGAAUUUCACACAACUUCAGAUUUCCUUCAUAAUUCAGAUUUAUAGAAUCCGUUUGAACUCUUAUUCGGAUUUCUAUAAUCCGAUGAAUUUGGAUUCAGGAAAAUUCGGAUUAAAGAAAAAGCCCCACAAUUACAAACCUGGUUGUAUUUUCCCUACAUUAGAAAUGAAAAUUAUGGAAUUAUUUCAUAUGACCAACAACCAAUGCAGAGCCGGGAGGAAUGAAGUAUGUGUCCUUCGUUGCUUCUUUCUUAAUGGUGCACUUGUGUCUAGGAAAAUGUUGCAUUUGAGUUCUGAUGUUCCUGCAUCUGCCGCAUAUGAAGUAAUGAUGAACAAUAAAGAGGCCGGUGCUGUAGCAGUUUUUGAUCGCAUUCCCCUUUCAUAUGUUUCUGCUAAUUUUACGUUCAACACUGAUAAUUGUGUUGCCGACUUGUAUGGAAUUAGAGCCAACCUGCUAGAUGGAGGUGAAAUUCGUGGAGCAGGAAAUGCAUGGAUGAGGAGGUUUGACAUUAAGUGGACAGCACCUAAAGCUGAAGGUUCACUUGCUGAUGCCCGCGGAGAUAUUAUAAUCGCACAUGAUUACAUUAUUGUCAAUUCUUCAUCAGUUGCUUUCCAGUUGAACACAAAAGUUUUAACAUCUUAUCCUCAUGAACAGUGGUUAAAUGAAAGGGAUUUUGAUACCGACAUCCCUUUUCCUUUGGUAGUGGAAGGAGUUGAAUUGGAUUUGAGAAUGCGUGGUUUUGAGUUUUUCAGCUUGGACUCGUCCUUCGCUUUGGAUUCUUUAAGACCUGUGCAUCUGAAAGCCACAGGAAGGAUUAAGUUUCAAGGGAAGUUAACGCUGGCACCUCAGUUGGCUGGAAUAUUUAGCAUUACAAAUAAGGGAAUCAAGCUGCGGAGUUUACCAUUAGAUGAGCUGGAGCUUGCAUCCCUUCGUGGUUCCAUUCAAAAGGCAGAAAUUCAACUCAAUUUUCAGAAAAGAAGAGGUCACGGUGUCUUGUCUGUUCUUCGGCCAAAAUUUAGUGGUGCUUUGGGGGAAGCUCUUGAUGUUGCUGUUAGAUGGAGUGGUGAUGUUUGGUCAGGUGGAUACCCAGUUGCAGAUAAGUGGCUCCAUAUUGCAACCCACCAUAUCAGGGAAAACAAAAUUAAGUCAUGGGCAUCAGAAUAUCACUACAGCAGUGAUAAUUCACUAAAUUUUGACAACCUACUUCAAACCUCGCCUCGUUCUUGUGACAUGCUAUCUUUCCCUUCUCUAUUCCCAAGUAAGGGCAUUCUAACAUUUGAAAAUGGAGAUGUGAAUCUUGUCGCCACUCAGGUAAGGCUUAAGCGAGAACAUCUGAAUAUAGCAAAAUUUGAGCCAGAUAAUGGGCUUGAUCCAUUGCUGGACUUGGCUCUAGUUGGGUCUGAGUGGCAAUUUAGAAUUCAAAGUCCGGCAAGCCAAUGGCAGGAUAAACUGGUCGUCACCUCUACACGGUCUGUGGAACAAGAUGUUCUAUCACCUUUUGAGGCUGCCAGAGUGUUUGAAAGUCAACUGGCCGAGUCUAUCCUUGAAGGCGAUGGCCAGCUUGCUUUUAAAAAGCUUGCCACUGCAACUCUUGAAACACUAAUGCCAAGAAUAGAAGGGAAAGGGCUAGUAUAUGCACCUCAAAUUCCCAGUUUGCUGUCUGUUGAUCCCUCGGUUGAUCCACUUAAAUCUCUAGCUAGCAACAUUUCAUUUGGUAUAGAAGUGGGAAUCCAGCUAGGGAAGCGUCUACAGGCAUCCGUUGUGAGGCAAAUGAAGGAUUCAGAGAUGGCUAUGCAGUGGACUUUGAUCUACCAACUUACGAGCCGUCUGCGUGUGCUGCUUCAAUCUGCCCCAUCUAAACGUCUCCUCUUUGAAUAUUCUACCACUUCUCAAGACUAG